UUCCAACUUGUGAUCAUUCAUUAUGAAGACUGCAGUGGUUCUCGUCUCUGUUCGGCCUUGGUCUUUGCGGGUCUCUCGUCCGCCAGUGUCGCCAGGAUUGGGAGUUGGGUAAUGGCGAGAAGUCCUGCUACAAAGUCGUGAAACUACAGACAUCUUGGGCCCAGGCCUACAUGUGGUGCACAGUGAUGAGGUCCCAUCUCGCCGACAUCACCAGCCAGUUUGAACAGGACUCAGUUGCCGACAUCCUCAAGACCAAGUACAGCGAAUACUAUGAGCAGUUCUGGAUUGACCUGAGCGACAUGUCAACUGAGGGUGACUGGCGUCUGAUGACCUUCAACCAAAACACGACUUUCACCCCCUGGAUCCAAGGUCAGCCCAACAACUAUGACCAGGCUGAGAACUGCGCCCACAUCAACGCCAAGCCGUCCCGCAACUUCAUGUGGAACGACCACAACUGUCAGGCCCAGCUCAACUUCAUCUGCGAAGCUUACCCGGAGGAGGUCUACGUGGACUAGACAACAUCUGAACACCUGAGAUGCUGACAAGGAUGUUACAGUUUUUGGGUCUUUUCCUGUAUUUAAUAUAUACAUGUGUGUUGUCUUGUGUAAAUAAACAGCCUUUCUGAAACCAUAA